CUAACCUCAAUGUUUCUCGCCUGAAAAGUUACAAAUUCGCCGUGACAAUCUUGACAGCACAUUCACUAUGGCGCACAGUCUGUCAAGUCAAAGAAAUUUCAUUCAGUAGCGUUCUAGUAAUUUUUAUGUUUCGACUUUUCGUAAUUUCAUAAAUAUAAAUAAGAAAAAUAUUAUAUAUCGAGCCACUUUUGGAUGGAGGCAAAGCCAAAAUAUAGAAACUGUAUGUGCGUGUGCAAUUAAUGAAUUUUGAGGCAACGAUGUUGAAAGCGAAAUAAACACUGAUGGACAGAAGUAGAAACGAAUAUUAUUGAUGGUGUAUUCACGGAACACCGAAUUGGCAGGAAAAUACUCGCACUAUGGCCGCGAAAAAUAUUGAUGACCUCCUAAUCUUCGGAUAUGCUUGUAAAAUAUUUCGGGACGAUGAGAAAGCAAUCAAAUACGAUCAAGGAAGACACUUAAUACCGUGGAUGGGCGAUAACACCCUCAAAAUCGACAGAUACGAUGUGCGAGCUGCGUUGACGGAUAUAAAUCAAUAUGAAGCACCGCCUGGUGGCUAUGACAACCGCUUGGACUAUCUCAGUCCCGCUGAGCAACGUGCAGAACAGCUAUGUGAAGAAGAACGAUAUUAUAGUUUACACAACAACGACUUUGAGGAAGAAUUAUACAAAGAAGAGAAAGAAAAAAGGCAAAAUGUAGCGUACGGCCAAGUCGGCCUUAACUACGAUCAAUUGUCUACGGCUACGGCUGAGGAAUCAACAAAAGCAGAAAAUCAGAAUAAAGACGAACAACCUGAUGAAGUUUAUGUGCCACAUCCACGAUUUUAUAUCCCACCCAACAUCGAUAUUCCUGAGACUAUAAAAGUGCAAGCAAUAAUUGAGAAAACUGCAAAGUUUAUAUCUGAACAAGGUCCCCAAAUGGAAAUUCUUAUUAAAGCCAAACAAGCCAAUAAUCCACUGUUUGAUUUCUUAAACCAAAGUGGCCGCUUAAACGCAUUCUAUAAGCACACUCUUCAGGCUAUGAAAGAUGGAAAUUAUCCAACGGAAAUUGAUCGAACGGAAAACAACCUUCCAUCGAGUGAUACUGACGCAACAACAGGAUCAUUGUACCAAAAUUAUUAUUCAGCCAAUCAAACAAUGAUUCACAUACCUGCUGUUAAAUAUAAACCAUCGGCUGAUUGUGCAUACACACAAUUGAUAAGUAAAAUAAAGGGUGUGCCUAUAACAACGGCUGAACAAGCGAUAACCUCAACACCAAAACGUCAAAACACCGGAACAAUACCAAAAACAAAUGUGGAAGUGAAGAAAAUUUCAAGUGGCCUUAUGUUAGCGCAGUAUUAUAAUUCUGACAGCGAAGAGGACGGAUAUAAUGGAGACAGCAAUGCAUGCGAAACAGAUGUCAAAGGCUGCUAUCACAACGAGCAGUCAAGUAAGGAAUUGCAGAAGAACUUAUCAACAAUACCAUCAAUAGGUGACGAAAGCUCAAUACCACCCGGAGUUACGCUACCACCGUCUGAACUUCGCGUUAUUAUCGAUAAAACGGCGUCCUAUGUUUUGAAAAAUGGAAAAGAUUUCGAAGAUAUUCUACGUGCAAAGAACGAACAGCGAUUCUCUUUUCUUCAAUACAAAGAUCCUUACCACAAAUACUAUACUUUCAAAGUGACGGGAGCCGUGUCUGUUCAUUCCAAUCCAGUUCAAGAUAAACAAGAGCACAUCAAAUCUGUUGCUCCGGUAUCAUUUUCAAUAAAAUCUAGAGAAGAAUCCACUACAACUACCCUCAAACCUACUAUAAAUUUGGAACAUAGCAGUGAUGAAGAGUCUGAGACCCAACCAUCUCAAAGUAACUCCAAUUCGUCGCCACAUCUGCCAAAUAAAAACAUACAACAUGGAGACGAUUGUGUUCACUACUCAACGGUCGAUGUUGAGCAAUCUGAUUCAUUUUUACGAGACACAAUGCUGGAGCAACAAAAUCUCGACGAAAAAAAGCGAGCAAAAAUGGCUGAAGAAAAAGUUAAGGACCGACUAGCGUUGCUAGCAAGGGAGAAACUGCUCUCAAAAGAAAAACAGUUGCAAUUAGAACGCAGAAGACGAGCCAUGGCUUUUAUCAAUCAAAUUACCGAAAUUAAUGGAGAUGAAAAUUCUGGUUCGAAAAACACGAAGAAAAAUGAUAUUCCUCAAUCAACGAACAGUGAAAAAUCAACGACGGAAAAUUUAUCUGAUCACAGUGAUAGCGGCGACUCUGUAACAUUCGUAUCGGCAUCAGCAUCUACUUCGAUUGGUGCAGCCGUUACACAAACUGCACAAAAACAUCGUAGUACUAGGAUCAAUCGACACUCUAGUGGGAGCGAUGAUGUAAUUGAGGUUGAACCGAAACAUUCAAGGUCUAGGUCACGGUCAAAGUCAUCUUCCUCCAGGCAUCAUCGCCAUAAAGCUAAACGUGGAAAAAAGAAAUUAAAGUAUCGAUCUCGAUCUAGAUCCCGAUUAAGACGAUAUGGUAGGAGCGACAGUCAUAACUACAAACGGAAGCAUUCACGGAAUCGUUCCGGCGAUUAAUUUAAGUAAAAGAACUUUAUCAUAUCAGUGUCCAAGAAAAGAGAAAUAAACAAAUUUAAUGAAAUUAUAAA